AUGUCGCACGCGUCUACCAUUUUGGGUGGAAAACGUGCCUGUGCGACAGAUGGCGACCCUCGAAUUGAUGCCACCCUCGAACCUGCGCCGAUUGUACCCUCUAAACGACCAGCAACCUCCUCUGCCCCCCAGGUCACUGAUGAAACUUACCUCAACUUCCUCGCAUGGAUGAGCCACCAGGCUAUCAAACCUGCUCCUACCAUGCCCCCAGCCACAGCCGUAACAGAGGCCCCAGCAGCACCACCAACUCAAGCUGGUGAGGCAAAUGCUGGAGCGACGGGAGUAGUCCAGGAUGGGGAAGCCAUCGCCAUCCCCAACACUGCCAGUCAGACCCCGUUCACCCCGGGCGCUUCCGUAAUCCCUGUGAAGGCACGCACUGCUACUCUUCAUCCGCGUGUGGAGUCCGGAGUACUGCUUGAGGCUCAGUUAGAGGAUCUGAACAACACGCUGCAGAUCUCCCGCCAACGCGAGCAGGAACUUCAAGACGAGAAUGACAACAAGGACCUCGAGCUCGAGCACCUCCGGACCGUCGUUGAAGAGCAGCGGCAACGCAUCGAUGCUCUCGAGAAUCGGUCCGUCACGGUGGCUGCACCGCCGCAAAUCGCGGCCCAGAGUGGCACCGUCAUUCAGGGCCCCGUUCUGUUGUUUGACAUCAACAAACUUGAUGUCAUUGGUGGUGUCGUGCAGCUUUCGACGAAGCUCACGGAUGAACUUCAGAUCAAGAAAUUCACGGGCGACUCCAUUCACUGGCUCACAACAGUUGCGCCUGGAAGUUACAUGAGUUUCUACCCCGACUGGCAAGAGCUGCAACACACCGUUGCCAUGAAGUAUUUAGAGGACGGGGUAAGCAACGAUGAGUUCUACUACGCCGUUUCCAGGAACUGUCCCUAUGGUUCAAUUUGGCAUUGCGGUGAAGACGAGCGCCCGUUUUCGAACCUUGGGUGGAUCAUGGCAGUGUGCAAGGCCUUCGGUGGCGUUAAGGCUACUACCUGGAACAUCAAGCUUGUUGCAGCUGCGUACGUGUGCUACGUGGUAAGUUUCAAAGCUUUUUCUGCUAAAUUAUUAAGGGCAAUUGCGAAAUCCAACCGUUCGCACCCGGAAACCAGCAGUUCAUUCCCGUACCCAGGACCCGAUUUUUUCCGAUGUGAAGUGGAGAAGGAGGAGGGGGAAGUAAGGGAGGAGGGUGUUGGAGGCUCAGUUGCGCAUGCAGUAACUGCUGCUGCUAGUGGUGGUGGCGGUGCUGUGGCUCAGACUGCUGAAGCCCCCUCCCAGCAAUUUUUUCUGAGCACGGAUGCUGACGUCAUAGCGGAAGGACCGUUUCCGCCAUGGGUGGAGGGCGGGGAGGCUGCCAACCUGCUGCUGAUUCGCCUCGUGCAGACCCAUCUGUGGCGCCGCCAGUUCCCCGCCAACUGCUCCCUCCCCCAUGUGCGGUGCGCUCCCCCUCCCCCAUGUGCGGUGCGCUCCCCCUCCCCCAUGUGCGGUGCGCUCCCCCUCCCCCAUGUGCGGUGCGCUCCUCCUUCCCCCAUCCCCUCUUUUCCCCAUCCCCUCUUUUCCCCAUCCCCUCUUCACCCCAUCCCCUCUUUUCUUCCCCAUCCCUUCUUUCCCCCAGCCCCUCUUCCCCCAUGGCCUCAUGCACACCCACCUGUGGCGCCUCCACCACCCAGACUCUACCCCCGAGCGCACGCGGCGAGGCGGCUUUGCAAGCAGCUGGCGUACAUGGCGGCGGCGCUGGCCCGGCUGGCGUAUAUGGCGGCGGCAGCGUUUUUGAGUCGACUCAAAGGCAGCAGCGCUGGGGCAGGCAUCCUGUCGGUCACAUCACACCCACCCCAUCGGAAAAAAUCGGGUCCUGGGUACGGGAAUGAACUGCUGGUUUCCGGGUGCGAACGGUUGGAUUUCGCAAUUGCCCUCGGUGGCCAUUCAUGA